CAGAAGAGAUCAAACUACUUUGAUCAGACCAUGAUCUUCUUCUUCUUUUUUGACGAGCACAGUUCCUAAACCCUAAUUCUCAGAUUAUGCUGACUCUUUACGAUCAUGAAAGGUCACCGGACGCCACAAGUAACCACCAGGAUGAUGAGACGACGGAGACUGUGGUGAGAGACAUCCACGAGCUAACUCCAGCUCCAGAGGAUGAUUCCCGGACGAUGAUGGCGACGUUGCCUCCACCGCCUGCUUUCCGAGGCUAUUUUUCUCCUCCACGGUCAACAACGACCAUGAGCGAAGGAGCUUCUUCCGGCGAAAACUUCACAACAAUAAGCAGAGAGUUCAACGCUCUAGUCAUCGCCGGCUCCUCCAUGGAAAACACUGAACCAACGGCUCGUGACAUCACGCAGCGUGAAGAUGAGAGACAACACGACUUGUUGAGGAUCCACGAGGAGAGGGAUCAAGAAGAGGAGACGAACCCUUUGGCAAUCGUGCCGGACCAGUAUCCGGGUUCGGGUUUGGAUCAUGGAAAUGAGAUUGGGCCGGGUCAGGGUCAGGGUCGGGUUGGGAUGACAGUGCAAAGAGUGAAGAGGGAAGAGGUUGAGGCGAAGAUAACAGCGUGGCAGACAGCAAAAUUGGCUAAGAUCAAUAACAGGUUUAAGAGGGAAGACGCCGUUAUUAAUGGUUGGAUUAAUGAACAAGUCCACAAGGCCAAUUCUUGGAUGAAGAAAAUUGAGAGGAAGCUAGAAGAGAGAAAAGCAAAAGCGAUGGAGAAAACGCAAAACAAUGUUGCGAAAGCACAGAGGAAAGCAGAAGAGAGAAGAGCGACGGCAGAGGCAAAGAGAGGGACAGAGGUUGCAAAAGUAGUUGAAGUUGCUAAUCUCAUGAGAGCCGUUGGACGUCCUCCUGCCAAACGCUCCUUCUUCUCUUUCUCCUAGUUUUUAGUUAUAUCAAACCAUUAAACUAAACAUUACUUA